AUGCACCCGCGGUGGCCCAUGCCGACCCUCCCGCCCAGUCCUACCACGUACGCCGCCCUCUUCCGGCACUAUCUCGACAUCUGCGGCGCCCCCUCGCGCGAUCUCGUCGCCGCCCUCGCGCCCUUUGCGCCCGAUGCCACGAGCCGCGCGGAAACAGCCCGCCUGGGCAGCCGCAAGGCCGACUUUGCCGCACAAGUGACCCGGCCGCACAUGAAUCUCGCGCGGCUCCUGGACGCCGUCGGCCGCGGCAGGCCAUGGGACAAGACCCCCCUGCCGCUUCUCAUCCAGGGGAUUCCCAGGCUCCGGCCGCGGUACUACUCCAUCUCGUCGUCUAGCCUAGAGCACCCGCGGCGCAUCUCGGUCACGGCCGUCGUCGAGGCCCGCCCCGUAUCGGGGCGUCUCUUCCACGGCCUCGCGACAAACUACCUCCUCGCGCUGAAGCAGGCGACAGACGGCCGCGCUACGUACCGCGUCGCCGGGCCGAGAAACAAGCUCCAGGGCAAGGUGCCCGUCCACAUACGCCAGUCUAGCUUCAGGCUGCCUGCCGACCUAUUAUGUCCCGUCAUCAUGGUCGGCCCGGGGACGGGCGUCGCGCCCUUCCGGGCUUUUAUCCGCGAACGCAUGGCCCUGCGUCUGCCGGGCGCGUAG